AUGGAAUCUUCAGCUGCGACAACUUCACCAAUAGAACAGGUGACUGAAACUUCAUCAGAAACACAUGCAACAAUGAUAAACACAUCUGUAAACACUGAGGUGUCAUCAGAAGUGCAUCCUACCCCAACUCAAGUCUCAGCAGUAACAUUGUCUUCAUCAGAGACAUAUCCCACAGCAAUACAACCAUCACCAAGGGCAGCAUUCUCAUCAGAAACCCAUUCAGAGUCACAAGGCACAUCAGUAACUGCUUCUACUCCAGAAAUCAGUCAUUCAACAGCUAAAGUGUCACCCAUAACUGAGGCUUCUUCACAGUCUCAUCCAAAAAGGACACAAGUACCAUCAGAAACUGAGUUUUCAACAGAAACCAGGCCAGCAACAUCACAGGUGUCACCUGUGACUGAAUCUUCAUCAGAAACCAGUUCAGCAACAGCACACAUCUCAUCUAUAACUGUGAAUUCAUCAGAGCCCCAACAAAUAAUGACCCAACCUUCAGUGGUCUCCACAUCUUCAGCAAAACCACACCCACCAAGUUCUUCAGAAUCACUGGUAACUGAAACUUCAUCAAAAACCCAACCAACAAUGACACCAUUAUCAUCCACAAUGGAAUAUUCAGCAGAGACGACUUCACCAACACCAUCGGUGUCAUCUAUCACUGAGACUUUAUCAGAAACCCAUCCAACAAUGACAGACACGUCAGUAAAGACUGAGGUGUCAUCAGGACUGUAUCCUACACCAACUCAAGUCUCAGCAGUAACAUUGUCUUCAUCAGAGACGCAUCCAACAAUAAUAGAACCAUCAUCAAGGGCAGCAUCCUCAUCAGAAACCCAUUCAGAAUCACAAGGCACAUCAGUAACUGCUUCUAAACCAGAAAUCAGUCAUUCAACAGCUGAAGUGUCACCCAUAACUGAGGCGUCUGCACAGUCUCAUCCAACAAGUACACAAGUGCCAUCAGAAACUGAGUUUUCAACAGAAACCAGGCCAGCAACAUCACAAAUGUCACCUGUAACUGAAUCUUCAUUAGAAACCAGUUCAACCACAGCACACGUGUCAUCUAUAACUGAGCCUUUAUCAGAGCCACACCCAACAAUGACGCAACCUUCUGUAGUCUCCAACUCUUCAGCAGAACCGCACCCAACGAACACUUCAGUAUCACUGGUAACUGAAACUUCAUCGAAAUCGCAACCAACAACAACACCAUUAUCAUCCACAAUGGUAUCUUCAGCAGAGACGACUUCAACGACACCACAGGUGCCAACUAUGACUGGGACUUCAUCAGCAACCCAUCCAACAAUGACAUCAUUAUUAUUCACAAUGGAAUCUUCAGCUGAGACAACUUCACCAACAGCACAGGUGACUGAAACUUCAUCAGAAACCCAUGCAACAAUGAUAAACACAUCAGUAAACACUGAGGUGUCAUCAGGAGUGCAUGCUACCCCAACUCAAGUCUCAGCAGUAACAUUGUCUUCAUCAGAGACGCAUCCAAAAAUAAUAGAACCAUCAUCAAGAGCAGCAUCCUCAUCAGUACCCCAUUCAAAAUCACAAGGCACAUCGAUAACUGCUUCUACAUCAGAAAUCAGUCAUUCAACAGCGGAAGUGUCACCCAUAACUGAAGCUUCUUCACAAUCUCAUCCAACAGGGACACAAGUCUCAUCAAAAACUGAGUUUUCACCAGUAACCAGUCCGGCAACAUCACAAGUGUCGCUUGUCACUGAAUCGUCAUCAGAAACCUACCCAGCAAACAUAUCUGUGUCAUUGGUAACUGAAUCUUCAUCAGCAAUGCAUACAAAAACAAGAGAAGUAUCCUCAGUGACUGAGUCCUCAGAAGAACCCACUGCAACAACAGCAGAACUGUCGUCGAUGAAUGAGACUUCAUCAGGAUCCCAUCCACCAACAACGCACACAUCCCUGAAAACUGAACCAUCGGCAGAAACCAAUCCGACAAUGACAUACAUGUCAUCAAUAACUGAGUCUUCAUCAGAAACUAAAACACCAACACAAGCAUCAUCAACAACUCUGCCUUCAUCAGAAAUAUACACCAAACCAACACAAGUGUCAGCAGUAACAGUGUCUUCAUCAGAGACACAUCCAACAACAAUACUACAAUCAUCAAAUGCAGCAUCUUCAUCAGAAACCCAUUCAAAAUCACAAGGCGCAUCAGUAACUGCUUCUACAUCAGAAAUCAGUCAUUCAACAGCAGAAGUGUCACCCAUAACUGAGGCUUCUUCACAAUCGCAUCCAACAAGGACACAAGUACCCUCAGAAACUGAAUUUUCAACAGAAACCAGGCCAGCAACAUCACAAGUGUCACCUGUAACGGAAUCUUCAUCAGAAACCAGUUCAACAAUAGCACACAUCUCAUCUAUAACUGAGUCUUCAUCAGAGCCCCACCCAACAAUGACACAACCUUCAGUAAUCUCCAAGUCUUCAACAGAAUCGCACCCACCAAACUCUUCAGUAUCACUGGUAACUGAAACUUCAUCAAAAACCCAACCAACAAUUACACCAUUAUCUUCCACAAUGGAAUCUUCAGCAGAGAUGACUUCACCAACACCACAGGUGACUGAAACUUCAUCAGAAGCCCAUGCAACAAAGAUAAACACAUCAGUAAACACUGAGGUGUCAUCAGGAGUGCAUCCUACCCCAACAGAAAUCAGUUCAACAACAGCACACAUCUCAUCUUUAACUGAGUCUUCAUCAGAGCCUCACCCAACAAUGACACAACCUUCAGUAGUCUCCAAGUCUUCAGCAGAACCACGCCUACCAAACUCUUCAGUAUCACUGAUAACGGAAACUUCAUCAAAAACCCCACCAACAAUGACAGCAUUAUCGUCCACAAUGGUAUCUUCAGCAGAGCCGACUUCACCAACACCACCGGUGUCAUCUAUGACUGAGACUUCAUCAGAAACCCAUCCAACAAUGACAGAGACAUCAGUAAAGACUGAGGUGUCAUCAGAAGUGUAUCCUACACCAACUCAGAUCUCAGCAGUAACAUUGUCUUCAUCAGAGACAUAUCCCACAACAAUAGAAACAUCAUCAGAUGCUGCAUCCUCAUCAGAAACCCAUUCAAAAUCAAAAGGCACAUCGGUAACUGCUUCUACAUCAGAAAUCAGACAUUCAACAGCUGAAGUGUCACCCAUAACUGAGGCAUCUUCACAAUCUCAUCCAACAAUGACACAAGUACCAUCAGAAACUGAGUUUUCAACAGAAACCAGGCCAGCAACAUCACAAGUGUCACCUGUAACUGAAUCUUCAUCAGAAACCAGUUCAACCACAGCACACGUGUCAUCUAUAACUGAGCCGUUAUCAGAGCCACACCCAACAAUGACACAACCUUCCGUAGUCUCCAACUCUUCAGCAGAACCGCACCCAACGAACACUUCAGUAUCACUGAUAACUGAAACUUCAUCAAAAUCCCAACCAACAACAACACCAUUAUCAUCCACAAUGGUAUCUUCAGCAGAGACGACUUCAACAACACCACAGGUGUCACCUAUGACUGGGACUUCAUCAGUAACCCAUCCAACAAUGACACCAUUAUCAUCCACAAUGGAAUCUUCAGCUGAGACAACUUCACCAACAGCACAGGUGACUGAAACUUCAUCAGAAACCCAUGCAACAAUGAUAAACACAUCAGUAAACACUGAGAUGUCAUCAGGAGUGCAUCCUACCCCAACUCAAGUCUCAGCAGUAACAUUGUCUUCAUCAGAGACGCAUCCAACAAUAAUACAACCAUCAUCAAGGGCAGCAUCCUCAUCAGAAACCCAUUCAAAAUCACAAGGCACAUCAGUAACUGCUUCUACACCAGAAAUCAGUCAUUCAACAGCUGAAGUGUCACCCAUAACUGAGGCUUCUUCACAGUCUCAUCCAACAAGGACACAAGUACCAUCAGAAACUGAGUUUUCAACAGAAACCAGGCCAGCAACAUCACAGGUGUCACCUGUGACUGAAUCUUCUUCAGAAACCAGUUCAACAACAGCACACAUCUCAUCUUUAACUGAGUCUUCAUCGGAGACCCACCCAACAAUGACACAUCCUUCAGUAGUCUCCAAGUCCCCAGCAGAACCGCACCCACCAAACUCUUCAGUAUCACUGGUAACUGAAGUUUCAUCAAAAACCCUACCAACAAUGACACCAUUAUUGUCCACAAUGGAAUCUUCAGCAGAGACGACUUCACCAACACCAUCGGUGUCAUCUAUGACUGAGACUUCAUCAGAAACCCAUCCAACAAUGACAGACACGUCAGUAAAGACUGAGGUGUCAUCAGGAGUGCAUUCUACACAAACCCAAGUCUCAGCAGUAACAGUGUCUUCAUCAGAGACACAUCCAACAACAAUACUACCAUCAUCAACUGCAGCAUCCUCAUCAGAACCCCAUUCAAAAUCACAAGGCACAUCGAUAACUGCUUCUACAUCAGAAAUCAGUCAUUCAACAGCGGAAGUGUCACCCAUAACUGAAGCUUCUUCACAAUCUCAUCCAACAGGGACACAAGUCUCAUCAAAAACUGAGUUUUCACCAGUAACCAGUCUGGCAACAUCACAAGUGUCGCUUGUCACUGAAUCGUCAUCAGAAACCUACCCAGCAAACAUAUCUGUGUCAUUGGUAACUGAAUCUUCAUCAGCAAUGCAUACAAAAACAAGAGAAGUAUCCUCAGUGACUGAGUCCUCAGAAGAACCCACUGCAACAACAGCAGAACUGUCGUCGAUGAAUGAGACUUCAUCAGGAUCCCAUCCACCAACAACGCACACAUCCCUGAAAACUGAACCAUCGGCAGAAACCAACCCGACAAUGACAUACAUGUCAUCAAUAACUGAGUCUUCAUCAGAAACUAAAACACCAACACAAGCAUCAUCAACAACUCUGCCUUCAUCAGAAAUAUACACCAAACCAACACAAGUGUCAGCAGUAACAGUGUCUUCAUCAGAGACACAUCCAACAACAAUACUACAAUCAUCAAAUGCAGCAUCUUCAUCAGAAACCCAUUCAAAAUCACAAGGCGCAUCAGUAACUGCUUCUACAUCAGAAAUCAGUCAUUCAACAGCAGAAGUGUCACCCAUAACUGAGGCUUCUUCACAAUCGCAUCCAACAAGGACACAAGUACCCUCAGAAACUGAAUUUUCAACAGAAACCAGGCCAGCAACAUCACAAGUGUCACCUGUAACGGAAUCUUCAUCAGAAACCAGUUCAACAAUAGCACACAUCUCAUCUAUAACUGAGUCUUCAUCAGAGCCCCACCCAACAAUGACACAACCUUCAGUAAUCUCCAAGUCUUCAACAGAAUCGCACCCACCAAACUCUUCAGUAUCACUGGUAACUGAAACUUCAUCAAAAACCCAACCAACAAUUACACCAUUAUCUUCCACAAUGGAAUCUUCAGCAGAGAUGACUUCACCAACACCACAGGUGACUGAAACUUCAUCAGAAGCCCAUGCAACAAAGAUAAGCACAUCAGUAAACACUGAGGUGUCAUCAGGAGUGCAUCCUACCCCAACAGAAACCAGUUCAACAACAGCACACAUCUCAUCUUUAACUGAGUCUUCAUCAGAGCCUCACCCAACAAUGACACAACCUUCAGUAGUCUCCAAGUCUUCAGCAGAACCACGCCUACCAAACUCUUCAGUAUCACUGGUAACGGAAACUUCAUCAAAAACCCCACCAACAAUGACAGCAUUAUCGUCCACAAUGGUAUCUUCAGCAGAGCCGACUUCACCAACACCACCGGUGUCAUCUAUGACUGAGACUUCAUCAGAAACCCAUCCAACAAUGACAGAGACAUCAGUAAAGACUGAGGUGUCAUCAGAAGUGUAUCCUACACCAACUCAGAUCUCAGCAGUAACAUUGUCUUCAUCAGAGACAUAUCCCACAACAAUAGAAACAUCAUCAAAUGCUGCAUCCUCAUCAGAAACCCAUUCAAAAUCAAAAGGCACAUCAGUAACUGCUUCUACAUCAGAAAUCAGACAUUCAACAGCUGAAGUGUCACCCAUAACUGAGGCAUCUUCACAAUCUCAUCCAACAAUGACACAAGUACCAUCAGAAACUGAGUUUUCAACAGAAACCAGGCCAGCAACAUCACAAGUGUCACCUGUAACUGAAUCUUCAUCAGAAACCAGUUCAACCACAGCACACGUGUCAUCUAUAACUGAGCCGUUAUCAGAGCCACACCCAACAUUGACACAACCUUCCGUAGUCUCCAACUCUUCAGCAGAACCGCACCCAACGAACACUUCAGUAUCACUGAUAACUGAAACUUCAUCAAAAUCCCAACCAACAACACCAUUAUCAUCCACAAUGGUAUCUUCAGCAGAGACGACUUCAACAACACCACAGGUGUCACCUAUGACUGGGACUUCAUCAGCAACCCAUCCAACAAUGACACCAUUAUCAUCCACAAUGGAAUCUUCAGCUGAGACAACUUCACCAACAGCACAGGUGACUGAAACUUCAUCAGAAACCCAUGCAACAAUGAUAAACACAUCAGUAAACACUGAGAUGUCAUCAGGAGUGCAUCCUACCCCAACUCAAGUCUCAGCAGUAACAUUGUCUUCAUCAGAGAUGCAUCCAACAAUAAUAGAACCAUCAUCAAGGGCAGCAUCCUCAUCAGAAACCCAUUCAAAAUCACAAGGCACAUCAGUAACUGCUUCUACACCAGAAAUCAGUCAUUCAACAGCUGAAGUGUCACCCAUAACUGAGGCUUCUUCACAGUCUCAUCCAACAAGGACACAAGUACCAUCAGAAACUGAGUUUUCAACAGAAACCAGGCCAGCAACAUCACAGGUGUCACCUGUGACUGAAUCUUCUUCAGAAACCAGUUCAACAACAGCACACAUCUCAUCUUUAACUGAGUCUUCAUCGGAGACCCACCCAACAAUGACACAUCCUUCAGUAGUCUCCAAGUCCCCAGCAGAACCGCACCCACCAAACUCUUCAGUAUCACUGGUAACUGAAGUUUCAUCAAAAACCCUACCAACAAUGACACCAUUAUUGUCCACAAUGGAAUCUUCAGCAGAGACGACUUCACCAACACCAUCGGUGUCAUCUAUGACUGAGACUUCAUCAGAAACCCAUCCAACAAUGACAGACAUGUCAGUAAAGACUGAGGUGUCAUCAGGAGUGCAUUCUACACCAACUCAAGUCUCAGCAGUAACAGUGUCUUCAUCAGAGACACAUCCAACAACAAUACUACCAUCAUCAACUGCAGCAUCCUCAUCAGAACCCCAUUCAAAAUCACAAGGCACAUCGAUAACUGCUUCUACAUCAGAAAUCAGUCAUUCAACAGCGGAAGUGUCACCCAUAACUGAAGCUUCUUCACAAUCUCAUCCAACAGGGACACAAGUCUCAUCAAAAACUGAGUUUUCACCAGUAACCAGUCCGGCAACAUCACAAGUGUCGCUUGUCACUGAAUCGUCAUCAGAAACCUACCCAGCAAACAUAUCUGUGUCAUUGGUAACUGAAUCUUCAUCAGCAAUGCAUACAAAAACAAGAGAAGUAUCCUCAGUGACUGAGUCCUCAGAAGAACCCACUGCAAUAACAGCAGAACUGUCGUCGAUGACUGAGACUUCAUCAGGAUCCCAUCCAUCAACAACACACACAUCCCUGAAAACUGAACCAUUGGCAGAAACCAAUCCUACAAUGACAUACAUGUCAUCAAUAACUGAGUCUUCAUCAGAAACUAAAACACCAACACAAGCAUCAUCAACAACUCUGCCUUCAUCAGAAAUAUACACCAAACCAACACAAGUGUCAGCAGUAACAGUGUCUUCAUCAGAGACACAUCCAACAACAAUACUACAAUCAACAAAUGCAGCAUCCUCAUCGGAAACCCAUUCAAAAUCACAAGGCACAUCGGUUACUGCUUCUACAUCAGAAAUCAGUCAUUCAACAGCAGAAGUGUCACCCAUAACUGAGGCUUCUUCACAAUCGCAUCCAACAAGGACACAAGUACCCUCAGAAACUGAAUUUUCAACAGAAACCAGGCCAGCAGCAUCACAAAUGUCACCUGUAACGGAAUCUUCAUUAGAAACCAGUUCAACAAUAGCACACAUCUCAUCUAUAACUGAGUCUUCAUCAGAGCCCCACCCAACAAUGACACAACCUUCAGUAAUCUCCAAGUCUUCAACAGAAUCGCACCCACCAAACUCUUCAGUAUCACUGGUAACUGAAACUUCAUCAAAAACCAAACCAACAAUUACACCAUUAUCUUCCACAAUGGAAUCUUCAGCAGAGAUGACUUCACCAACACCACAGGUGACUGAAACUUCAUCAGAAGCCCAAGCAACCAUGAUAAACACAUCAGUAAACACUGAGGUGUCAUCAGGAGUGCAUCCUACCCCAACAGAAACCAGUUCAACAACAGCACACAUCUCAUCUUUAACUGAGUCUUCAUCAGAGCCUCCCCCAACAAUGACACAACCUUCAGUAGUCUCCAAGUCUUCAGCAGAACCACACCUACCAAACUCUUCAGUAUCACUGAUAACGGAAACUUCAUCAAAAACCCCACCAACAAUGACAGCAUUAUCGUCCACAAUGGUAUCUUCAGCAGAGCCGACUUCACCAACACCACCGGUGUCAUCUAUGACUGAGACUUCAUCAGAAACCCAUCCAACAAUGACAGAGAAAUCAGUAAAGACUGAGGUGUCAUCAGAAGUAUAUCCUACACCAACUCAGAUCUCAGCAGUAACAUUGUCUUCAUCAGAGAAAUAUCCCACAACAAUACAACCAUCAUCAAAUGCUGCAUCCUCAUCAGAAACCCAUUCAAAAUCAAAAGGCACAUCAGUAACUGCUUCUACAUCAAAAAUCAGUCAUUCAACAGCUGGAUUGUCACCCAUAACUGAGGCAUCUUCACAAUCUCAUCCAACAAUGACACAAGUACCAUCAGAAACUGAGUUUUCAACAGAAACCAGGCCAGCAACAUCACAAGUGUCACCUGUAACUGAAUCUUCAUCAGAAACCAGUUCAGCCACAGCACACAUGACAUCUAUAACUGAGCCUUUAUCAGAGCCACACCCAACAAUGACACAACCUUCCGUAGUCUCCAACUCUUCAGCAGAACCGCACCCAACGAACACUUCAGUAUCACUGGUAACUGAAACUUCAUCGAAAUCCCAACCAACAACACCAUUAUCAUCCACAAUGGUAUCUUCAGCAGAGACGACUUCAACAACACCACAGGUGUCACCUAUGACUGGGACUUCAUCAGCAACCCAUCCAACAAUGACACUAUUAUCAUCCACAAUGGAAUCUUCAGCUGAGACAACUUCACCAACAGCACAGGUGACUGAAACUUCAUCAGAAACCCAUGCAACAAUGAUACACACAUCAGUAAACACUGAGGUGUCAUCAGGAGUGCAUCCUACCCCAACUCAAUUCUCAGCAGUAACAUUGUCUUCAUCAGAGACACAUCCAACAACAAUACUACAAUCAUCAAAUGCAGCAUCCUCAUCGGAAACCCAUUCAAAAUCACAAGGCACAUCGGUUACUGCUUCUACAUCAGAAAUCAGUCAUUCAACAGCAGAGGUGUCACCCAUAACUGAGGCUUCUUCACAAUCGCAUCCAACAAGGACACAAGUACCCUCAGAAACUGAAUUUCUAACAGAAACCAGGCCAGCAACAUCACAAGUGUCACCUGUAACGGAAUCUUCAUUAGAAACCAGUUCAACAAUAGCACACAUCUCAUCUAUAACUGAGUCUUCAUCAGAGCCCCACCCAACAAUGACACAACGUUCAGUAAUCUCCAAGUCUUCAACAGAAUCGCACCCACCAAACUCUUCAGUAUCACUGGUAACUGAAACUUCAUCAAAAACCAAACCAACAAUUACACCAUUAUCUUCCACAAUGGAAUCUUCAGCAGAGAUGACUUCACCAACACCACAGGUGACUGAAACUUCAUCAGAAGCCCAUGCAACCAUGAUAAACACAUCAGUAAACACUGAGGUGUCAUCAGGAGUGCAUCCUACCCCAACAGAAACCAGUUCAACAACAGCACACAUCUCAUCUUUAACUGAUACCACUGAUAAUGGAAACUUCAUCAAAAAACCCACCAACAAUGACAGCAUUAUCGUCCACAAUGGUAUCUUCAGCAGAGCCGACUUCACCAACACCACCGGUGUCAUCUAUGACUGA